CAACGGACGGACAGACGCACUCGCACGCACGCCUCCGUCACAAACAAACAAAAUGCGAGUAAUACUAGCGGCGUUGGCUGUCCUGGCAGUCGCGACCACCGCGAAAGAAUCGGACAGCAGAGCCCGCAUAGUAUGCUACUUCAGCAACUGGGCGGUAUACCGGCCUGGGGUGGGCAGGUACGGCAUCGAGGACAUUCCCGUGGACAAGUGCACCCACAUCAUAUACUCCUUCAUCGGCGUCACUGAACACUCUAAGGAGGUUCUCAUCAUUGACCCUGAGUUAGACGUGGAGCAGAAUGGUUUCAAGAACUUCACAGAUCUGCGUGCCCACCAUCCCGACAUCAAGUUCAUGGUGGCAGUGGGGGGUUGGGCAGAGGGGGGCUCGAAGUACUCCCAGAUGGUAGCGCAUAAAAGCUCGCGCUUGAGCUUCGUAAAAAGCGUUGUUGAUUUUAUAAACAAAUACAAGUUCGACGGACUAGACCUCGACUGGGAGUACCCUGGUGCUGCUGACCGAGGCGGUUCCUUCUCCGACAAGGAUCGGUUCUUGUACCUCGUGCAGGAGUUACGACGCGCUUUCAUCAGAGAAGGGAAGGGAUGGGAGCUAACCGCGGCGGUACCAGUAGCUGCUUUCAGACUUAUGGAGGGUUACCAUGUACCUGAUUUAUGUCGGGAAUUGGAUGCCAUUCACGCGAUGACUUACGACUUGCGUGGCAACUGGGCUGGCUUCGCAGACGUCCACUCGCCGCUAUACAAGCGCCCCCACGACCAAUGGGCUUACGAGAAACUAAAUGUGAACGACGGUCUUAAUCUUUGGGAAGAAAAGGGCUGCCCAUCCAAUAAGCUGGUAGUGGGCAUUCCGUUUUACGGGCGUUCGUUUACAUUGUCUGCGGGCAACAAUAACUAUGGUCUGGGGACUUAUAUCAAUAAAGAGGCCGGCGGAGGCGAUCCCGCGCCCUACACCAAUGCCACCGGCUUCUGGGCUUAUUACGAGAUCUGUACUGAAGUGGAUAAGAAAGAUUCUGGCUGGACUAAAAAGUGGGACGAGCACGGCAAAUGCCCCUACGCUUUCAAGGGCACCCAAUGGGUUGGAUACGAGGACCAACGGAGUGUAGAAAUUAAAAUGGAUUGGAUCAAGCAGAAGGGUUACCUCGGCGCGAUGACGUGGGCGAUCGAUAUGGACGACUUCAGGGGUCUGUGCGGUCCCAAAAAUCCCCUAAUUAAUAUCCUCCAUAAAGAAAUGUCGAACUACAUCGUCCCCCCUCCCCGCACCGGACAUACCACCCCCACUCCGGAAUGGGCGCGGCCGCCGUCGACACCUAGCGACCCAGCAGAGGGCGCCCCUGUCGUCACUACCACUACUAGGAGACCCACUACUACUAUGUCCACUACGACCAAGACCACUACAAUUAGAACUACCACUACCCGCGUGACGUCAACAGAAGCAGCCAGUGAAGCUCCCGAACCAGUGCCAGUUAAUGAUCAUCCCGAGGAACCUCCAGCGGAAAAUGAGGUUGACAACCCUGAUAUCUGCGACUCCGAAGACGAUUACGUGCCCGACAAGAAAGCCUGCGAUAAGUACUGGCGCUGUGUCAAUGGGGAACCAGUCCAAUUUACUUGUCAACCAGGAACCGUAUUCAACACGCAUCUAAACGUUUGUGACUGGCCGCAAAAUGCUAAGCGACUUGAUUGUAACUAAUCCCAGAAAAAAAAA